AUGUCCUUGCAGAAUCUUCAGACUCAUGAUCCCUUCGCGGAUGACGGUGAGUCAAACAAGGGGGACACUGCCGUCCACAUUCGUAUUCAACAACGAAAUGGACGUAAAACCCUUACCACUGUUCAGGGCAUCCCGGAUAAGUUUGAUAAAAAACGGAUUCUUAAAGUAUGCAAGAAAGACUUCGCCUGCAAUGGGAAUGUUGUUCAGCAUGAACAGUAUGGUGAAGUUCUCCAACUUCAAGGUGACCAGCGUGAUAAUAUCGCUGAUUUUCUCAAAAAGUACGGCCUUGUAAAGGCAGAUCAAAUCAAAGUUCAUGGAUUUUAA